AUGACCAAUAAUGAAAUUGAACAAGUAACUACAAAUGGAACAUCAGGCAAGAAACGUUCAAAAUCUAAAAAAGAAAUUAAUCAUAAUAAUGACUAUUCUUCUAUAUCUGAUUAUUUACAAGUAACCAAUCGUAUAUUUAAACAAAUGUUAAUCAGUUCAUUAGAAGGUGUUGAUAAAAUUGUUAAACGAUUAAAUACAAGUGAAAAAAUUAACUAUAUUCGUCAAUAUGCUUGUUUAAUACAUCGUCUAUUCUAUGUACAAUUACGAGAAAGUCAAUGGAAGUAUUAUUAUGAUAUUAGUAUGCAAGAAAAUAUUUGGUCCGGCCGCGUAUCAAAAAAAUGGGCUGCUAUGAAUAAAGCAUCACAAGCAUUACAAGAGUUUGGCAAUCCAUCAUUAUCUCAAUGUCUAUCUGAAAUGAAUCAUCCAUUAGAUUUUACAACAAUGUCAGCUAUGGCUAUAGUUGUUGUCGGAAAAGGUCAACAUAAAUUAAAGCAACAAUGUGAAUAUAAUAAAAAAAUGUUAAAAUUAGACUCAACAGAUCAUCGUUUAGUACAAUAUGUUUAUGAUUUGAAACCUAAUAAACAACAAAUUCGUUCUAUUCGUAAUAUAUGGAAAGCAAUUUAUAAUAAAAAAGCUUAUUAA